CAGCGGUUAACGUACCUUCCAGCGAACACCAUGGCUUUCAAGGCCGUCAUCGUCUCUUCCUUCAUAACAAGCCUUGCGCAAGGACACAUCUUCUCGAGCUGGGACAGCCGGACCGAUACAAGCAUCAAGGAGGUCGUGGAGAUUCCCCCCUCCGGCGGCAGCCGCCCUGUAGGAGCUUUUGGGGUGGCAACAGGCGAAUACCCUGCCACAACCCAAGUGGAUUUUAAGGCGGACGCAACCCUAGCGGGGGGUAUGUAUGUGAAAGGCUUCGCCCUCUCCCAAGCCAAAUAUGCAGAGUUUCGAACUGCCUGCUCCCAAGAAGGCGACAAGCUGGUUUCCGUUUACGAAUGGGGUUAUGGCGCCUGCGACAAUUUCAUGGGUUCUUUGAAAGAGGCAACUGACCCGGCGACCACUUUCUUCGUGGGGCAAGUGACGCCCAAACAGGACGGGACAGGCUCGACCGUCAAGGCCGCGUUCCAGCUCCUGGAUGGCGGCGAGGGCCUGUACGUGGUGUUCGAGAACUUGAUGGGCGGGCCCGUCACUUUCUCCAACGCCGAAUUUUCGAUCGCAGGCGUCGCAGAGCCGGUCCAAGCCGGGGAAGAUCUGGUUUUCCCCCCUGCCACUGUCCACAUGUCCGCCGCUGUCGUACCCUUGGCCGACGAGGUUCCCACCGAGAAAACCACCGUCACCUUUCGCGCCAAAAAUACGGACGGGGGAAAGCAAACGGCGCUGAUGCUGGUGAACAAGGAGCAGAUGGAGCCAGAGCGCCUUGGCUGCACCUUCGGUUUCUAUUUCGGGUGGUUCAAGAAGCAUGCUCCCGGGCAGAACGUCUGCAAGGGGGCCGAUUUUACCUACACGAUCGACGGCGACAUCUUAACCUUGAAAGGAGUCAUCAAGGCCGUGACGCCAGAAACAGCUCCGCAGCUCCUAGCGGGGGACAUUCCCGUAGAUCCCACCUCCACCCUCUUCCAGGGUGACGGCGACUACGCCUUCGACGCAGAGGUACACGGGGCCGAUAGCAUGUUCGUCGUCAUUCCCAACCGCCGGGACACGCCCGUGACGGUCGAGGGCUUGACGGUGAAAUACCAGGCCGCGAACCUUGUCGGCCAUUUGGCGAAGGAGUCCCAGAAGAUCCUGGAUAACGGUCCCGCCACUGGCGUGGCGAUUGCGGUCUUGGUGGGCGUCUUGGCCCUGAUGAUGGCCGCGUAUUGUGCGGGAAAACGGAGGGCAAAGGCGACGGCGGAGAAGACGGCGGAGAAAGUGGAGGGGAAGCCGCAGGGUAACGCACUUGUCUAGAUAGGGGGGAUCACCUCAAUGGGAUAAGGAUAAAACAGUGCCUACAUUGAAAAGAGCGGGUGGGAGGGGGACUGAAAGGACCGGGGGGGCAAUGGGAUGAGGGGAACUGUCGUACUUACAAAGAAAAGAGGGAUUUCUAAUUCUCGAUUGAAAAUUUCAUCGCAUACGAUUUCAAGUCAUCAAAGAAGAAAAGCCUCUUGUAACGGACGACGAGGUAGGAGUGAGGCAGACCUUAAUUUGCAAGUGUAAGGGGAAAUCAAAAAGGGGGAAAGUCUGAAAGCAAACCAUCCAUAAAUUGGCGCAAAAUUGCGUCGGCUGGUCGGUGAACGCAACGGAAGUCAAAGGAAAGCAUAUAGAAAGGACAGGGGUCUGUCGAGGAUUUUGACCAAGCCGUGAAAAAAAUCUUAAAAGGGCUCUGGA